AUGGAUCCAGCCAAUAAAUCUCAAACAUCUCCUAACACCUUCUUGCUGUUGGGCAUCCCGGGACUAGAGCACCUGCAUGUCUGGAUUGGGAUUCCCUUCUGCUCUUUGUACAUAGUGGCCGUGGUGGGGAAUGUGACCAUCCUGGCCGUGGUGAGGGCAGAGCGAAGCCUCCAUGAGCCCAUGUUCCUCUUUCUGUGCAUGCUGUCAGUCACCGACCUGGUCCUCUCCACAUCUACGCUGCCUCGCAUGCUUUGUCUCUUUUGGCUUGGAGCCCAUGACAUCACUUUUGAUUCCUGCUUGGCCCAAAUGUUCUUCAUCCACAGCUUCACUGCCAUGGAAUCAGGCUUCUUUUUGGCCAUGGCCAUUGACCGUUACGUGGCCAUUUGUCAUCCACUGCACCAUACCACCAUUCUCACUCAUGCUCACAUUGCCAAAAUGGGAGCUUCUGUUGUACUCCGGGGAGUAGUCUUCUUUUCUCCACAUCCCAUCCUGCUCAAACAGCUGCCCUACUGCAGGACCCGAAUAAUUGCCCACACCUACUGUGAGUUCAUGGCUGUGGUGAAGCUUGCCUGUGUGGACACAGGAGGUACCAAGCGUUACAGCCUCAGUGUGGCCUCUGUCAUUGGUUCCUGUGAUGGCUUUUUCAUUGCUGUCUCUUAUGUUCUAAUUCUCCAUGCAGUUUUUCGCCUUCCAUCACGGGAAGCAAGUCUUAAAGCUUUAGGCACAUGUGGCUCUCAUGUCUGUGUAAUCCUUGUUUUCUACUCCACAGCUGUCUUUACCUUCCUUACUCAUCGCUUUGGCCACAAUGUGGCCCCCCAAAUUCAUAUUUUCAUUGCUAAUAUAUACCUUCUAAUCCCACCUUUUCUUAACCCCAUUGUAUAUGGUGUCAGGACAAAGAAAAUUAGAGACUACGUACUUAGUUGUCUGAAGGUAAAGUUUUCCUGA